AUGAACGUUCGUAAUCCGAAGUGGAGCGUCCCAGAGUAUUGCAAAGAAAUAUGGAUCAGCGGAAGCAUGGAUCCGGAUGAUCUCAAAUACCGGAGGCUCCUGGAUCUUUUCUUGAACUGUGAAAGGAAGUGGAAUUGCAUCCAUUUGGAAUGUCAAUAUGCUGUAUCGCCCACGGCUCUCUUGACAUUGCUGGAGGCAACUUUUAACAAAACGAACAUGCUUCACCUCAACAACUGCAUGUUAGAUGUUCCAUCAUUCUCUUCUUUGUAUGAUGGCAUGGCCUCUAGGAAUGAGCUAAGACGCAUCACCCUUGAACAUUCGGGACCUUUCCUGGAAGAACAAAUGGCCAUCUUUGCUGAAGGUUUGUCGCUAGCGAAAGAUUUGGAAUUCCUUUCUCUCAGGAACAUCAAUUUACAGUCUUCAAGAAUAACAGAAGCUCUCAUUGCAGGUUUGCAGGACAAUGACACGCUCGAAUGCCUUAAUUUGUCUUUCUGUCGCAUACAACGUGAUACUCUACCAAGACUUUUGGCAUCGCUCUAUAAUCACUCCAAGCUAACCCGUCUCGAGAUCUUCACUUCGAACCGCUUAUCACCGAUAAUACACGAUCACAUUCGGGACUGGCUCUCAAGGCAUGAUUAUAGGCGACUUGCAGCCAUUAGAUUGCUUGCUUAUCGGGGACAAUUGCACUCUCGAGACAUUGAUUCUCGCGGACAACCCAAUUUCCUUGCCCGACACUCUAAGGUUCGCAAGGAAAUUGCCCCAAAUGAAAGCACUGAGGAAUCUUGA